CCUGGGGCAACGCUAGUUUGCAUUUAGGCUUCAAGCUCGCCUUUCUGCUUGGUUAUCCCAAGAUCAGUGCUGUCCAACCGAUGAUCCUGGCAGAAGAUCGUCUCUUCCACGAUGUCAUACAAGAAGACUUCACGGACGUGUACCAUAACCUCUCCAUCAAGUCGGUGAUGAUGGUGCGCUGGGUUAAGGAACACUGUUCCAACGCGCAAUUCGUGCUGAAGAUUGACGAUGACAUGCUGCUGAAUGUCUGGGGCCUAUGGGCCGAAAUAGAGACAUCCUUAAGGGGUGCGAAUCUCACCAUGUGGGGACUACUGGCACAGCACUGGACUCCGAACAGGAAUUCGGUUAGAAAGACGUACCUGCCCGUCAGCGUGUACAAGAAGCACGUCUUUCCAGACUUCCUGGCUGGGCCGGCGUACCUUUUCACCGGGGACUGUGCACCAGUGCUGUACAAUAUCAGUUUCACUGUGCCGUACCUCCCACUCGAAGACGUCUUCUUGACCGGAGUUGUGGCCCAGAAGGCAGGAAUAACACGCAAAAAUCACCCAGGAUUUUUUAAUUAUCGGAAGGCACUACAAGUCUGCGCGGAACCGUGGCAGAUCACGAGUCAUGGCUAUAAGCCUAUGUCGUUGAUGAGACUCUGGAGGUGCUUAUCUCUAACAAAACGGUCAUACAAAAUGUAAGC